CACGGCUAUCGCCCGGCUUAUCUCACCCAAGGCGAUCGACUCGCGGACAUUUCCUACCGGAUUUACAAAGCCGAAGGCAGGUUCGAAAGAGAGUGUCUAAGCAGCAGUGGAGGCUGCCCGCUCACGAUGAACUCAUCUUAAUAAGGCAAGGUGUUGCAUACGCGGGGAUCGAUGUAUGCUCGACAAACCCAAGUCAACCACAGUUGUUUACCCUAAAGAGUCAACUCAUGAUGACUGGCCUUCCCGUUACCAAUGCGUGCAUAUCAUUCUGGCAACAGACCACUAGGUCAUAUCCUUACCUUAAUUACAACGAUGAAGCUCUCGUACCGAGAACCGCGAAAUACGUCAUUGUCGGCUCAGGAAUCUCCGGCGCACUCACAGCCUUUAAGUUGGUCGAGGGUGGUGUAACAGGAUCAGACAUCGUCAUCCUGGAAGCAAGGGAAGCAGCCGGCGGUGCCAGCUCUCGCAAUGCAGGACAUAUUCGACCAGACGCCUUUCGCGGGUUCACAGUCUAUAAAUCACUCCACGGCGAGGAGCAGGCCCUGAAGAUCAUCGCCAAUGAGAGGACCGUGUUUCUUGCAGUCGACAACUUCGUAAAGAAGCACAACGUGCCGUUCGAUUUUGUCCCGACGACCACCUUUGACGUUUGCCUGACUCAGGAAUUUGCAGAUCACAAUGCCAAGAGCUUCGAGGCAUACCAGAGUGCUGGCGGCGACGUUUCUCACAUCAAGUUUUACCCUGCCGCGGAAGCUCGAGAAAAAACAGGCGUCCCGCAAGCUCUAUGCGCCUACGAAUGGCCGGCAGGUUCUGGUCAUCCUGCCAAACUGGCCCAAUGGCUCCUGACCCAAUGUAUUGGCAAAGGCGUGCAGUUCCUGACCCAUUGCCCAGCAAUCUCGGUGACACCAUCAUCAUCUGGCGCAGAGCAGAUUCUCUGGGAUGUCAAUACGCCACGAGGUACUGUCACGACGCCAACAGUCAUUCACUGCACCAACGCCUUCGCACCGCACUUGCUGCCGCAGCUAUCUUCCCUCGUCACACCAGAGCGCGCGCAGGCCCAUGCUUUCGUACCACCUGCGGCUCUCACCGGCAGCAAGGUGCUGCAGAGCACCAUCUCCCUGCGGAGGGGCCUGCGUUGGUUCUACUCGGUUAAUCAACGCCAUUCAGACGGCAUCAUCAUCCUCGGAUCCGCCUCGGCAAGCCCCAAAGUCAGUCAAGCGGCGUAUGCGGAAAGACAGACGGCCGACGACAGCGAGUUCAGCGCGGAAAUUCGCGAUGAUGCCGUUGCCAACUUCCAAGACUGUCUACCAGAGUGUAGGCCAGAGAAGUUGCGCCACGGUGAGGGGCUCCAGCACACAUGGACAGGUAUCAUUGGCAUGACGCCCGACAUGGUGCCCUUUAUCGGGAGGGUUGAUGGCUCCCCCGGACAAUGGGUUUGUGCCGGCUUCAAUGGACAUGGGAUGGCGAGAAUCUUUACGUGUGCGUCGGGCCUUGCAAAGAUGAUACUAGGUGGAACAUGGCGGGAUACCGAGUUACCAGAGUGUUUUGAGAUGACUUCGGAGAGACUUGGCAGAUUGAGAGAACAACAGCGAGAGCAAGCGUCCAAGAUUCGAGAAUAGCAGGAUAAGGUAUGUAGAGAAGAGCCAAUCUUAGUAGGGGCAAUCAGAGACGUGACGCCAAGACAGCGAAAAUUCUCUGAAGAAGGUUCAAAGAAUCUCAACUACCUUACUUUCGGCUUAUAUGUUCGUGCUUGAGAAAGUUGAGGCGGGCACGGCGGGGUCCUAUGAAGCAAUGUGCACGGACCAGACGUGUGAUGCGG